AGGCAGUGUCGCUUCCGCGAAAAAGUAGACACGCGAUGGAAAGCGUAAAUAUUUACAUCUCUUGAGUGUUCGUUUCGGCGCAUUUUUUUUUAAUUUGUAUAAUCAUGAUAGACGGGAACAUCUCGAUGGAGGAGGACACGGAAUUGCGGGACCUGGUGGUGCAGACCCUGGAGAGCAACGGCGUCCUCGCUAAGAUACGGGCGGAACUCAGGGCGAGCGUGUUUCUGGCACUCGAGGAACAGGAUUCGGUUAUGAAUCCCGAGCCACUUCUCAACAAAACUGUAAAGCAGUACCUGUCUAAUUCAGAAGGAAAAUUAUUGUUUUCCUUAGUUAGGGAGUUCCUAGAAUACUUUGGUCUCGACUACACAAUAUCUGUAUAUGAUCCAGAAACAUACUUUGGAAAGGAAUAUAACUAUGUAGGGAGAAAUAAAUUGUGCGAAGAAUUGGGUAUUGAUUCAACCGAGCCAUUGCUGGGAGAAAUUCUCAAGAAUAGCAUCAACGGUGCCUUUAAUAGUUCACAGAAGAACAAAACUAGCAACAGACACGAUGAGACGGAUGAAGCCACGACAAAUUUUGCAAAUGCGACAUUCGAAGUGUCUGUACCCAAAAUAAUCCACACAGAGUCCGUGUCGUCGUCAAACGAUAAUGAUUCCUCUGAAAAAUUAGAGAGCAUUUCCGAGCAGAGUCCGAAAGUUCCAAUAAACGUGACAAUAACGGACAAGAAAUGCAAAGAUCCGCCGCGUGGCGCCGACGAUGUUGUAACAGAUACGUCGGCGUACGAUAAGCAUCAAUCUUCUCUCAGGGAGAGUACAAUGGACACUGAUGGAAUUGAAGGUAACAGGAACAAUAAUGUAACUUUUGAUAAGAGCACCGCAACGCCACACGGCACAUGCACGGCGACGAACGAUGUGGCAGCACAGGAGACUGAUGAUAGUACCGUUACGUCUAAUCAAAUGAGUCCGUUAAACAAAUCCGAAUCCUUAAUUAAGUUCGACGACUCUAUAGUGAUCGACACGCAAGCAAAUCAAAAUGAGGAUAUAUCUAAGCAAAACAGUAUAAAUAGCUUGGAUCUAAGUAUAGAGAAUAAUGUACAAAGUAAAAAGCCGGUUAACGCGGGAAGCAACUUCGGGAAAACGAUAUAUUUUGACGAGAUUAUCGUCGGCGGGGAGCGGAAGAACGUUAGUACAAUGAAUAAAGCCGAGCCUUUUCUAGAAGGUUUGCCGACCAUAAAUCAGAAAGCUACGUCUAUAUUUAGCGAUUUGCCGCCAUUAAACGGCAAAAAGGCCAACAUUAACGAUCUGAAGGAAUUAAUGGAUAUUGGGCUUGCUGCAGAUGGUAUAGAUAACUAUGAAGAAGACUUUGUGUCGUCCGCAUCAGGUAGCGCAAACGAGCAAAGUCCCACUAAGGAGCCCGACAAGAUGGACAGUCCUCUCAACGUACGAACGAAGAAAGAGGAAAAGCCUCAAAGUGCCCGUACCGAAGAUUUAAGCGAAGAAAUCGAAGAAAUGGACGAAAUCUUGAGUAGUACCUCUUGCCUCGAAGAUAUAAAUACGGAUAAGAAUAUAUCAAACUUUGCGACGGGUAUUACCGCGGAUUAUACAUAGGGAAUGUAAUUUUCAAUCGUAUCGCUACACAGAGAUCCUUUGUAAGAAUUCUAGCGAGUUGUUCCUCUUGUAUGUAAUCUUGAUAAGAUCGAUAUCCUAUAACUCUAGAGCGAACGCAGCGGAUAUCUACUGUAAGCCGACUACUGUAAGAAUUCAGCAACUCGCGCAGAGUUGAAUUCAUAGUUUCUGAUAAAAGGCACUGCCAAGCUGUGGCUCAAUACUUAUAUAUAAGUUGCGCUGCAAAGAAAAAAUAAACGUAGAAGGAAAAUGUCUGAAUGCAUAUUACCCACAGACGAUACCAUAUUUUUGUACGAUUUGUAAGGAUAAGCGGCACUCUCUGACACCCUCAUAGUCUGCAAUAAUUAUGCGUAUUGUGUGUGAACAAUCGUCAUCUUUUUCAUAGACUUUUUAUUAUCCGAGACCGUGCACACGUCAAAAAAGCAAUACGAUUGAUAUACUGUUAUUAAUACGAAGUAUAUUUCUUAUUAUUUAUAUUUACAAAAAGAGUAUCUUCUGUCGUUCAUUGAAAAACUAACGAAAAUGAAAUGUCAAGGAAUAUAUGUAGAAUUAUGUGAAAUAGCAGUUACACGAUUAUAAAAUUCGUAAUAAUUUCAAAGCUUUUACACCUAUAUUUUGAUAACGUACAUUGUAAAUAUUACGAAGUAAAACCAUUUCAUUUAACUUCAGACAGGCUACCUUCUACGUUAUGUAAAAAAUAUACUAGUAUUAUAUUACUCUUACAAGCAUAUUACGCAAAUGUUAUGAUAAUUUAAAUAUUAGAGAAGAGUCAAAAAAAGGAAGAGCACACGACUUACUACGUUAAUAACUUAGUUAUAUUUUUUCUCUCUUCUUUUUUUUACAGACUCUUUCUAUUAGCAUUUUGUCGUGUUUACCGAAGUAUCUCUGCCCUUAAUUUUAUGACUGAACAUUGUCCAUUACCUCAUUUUACAUAAAGUUACUGACAUGAUAUUGUAACAAUAUCAGGAAAUCGUCCGUCUAGAAAUGGAUUGCCUAAAAAAUCCAUCAAAUUAUUUUUUCGAAUGUAAUGGUGCUAAGUGUUUGAAGCUAAAGUUAUUUAUGAGAGUUAACGUUAUCUAAGAAAAAAAAGAAGAAAAAUUAGGUGCUUAUAUAUUUUCUCGCAUCCAUGAUUCGCAGGAACGUAGUGAAAGCUAGACUAGAAUAUUAAUUUUUGGGUAAUACAGCUCGAUUGAAAAACAAAAUAACGAGAAGAAAAGAAAGACGUUUAACGCGGAUAUUUUGUGCCCCCAUAUAAGAUGCAAUAACUAAGUACAACUCAAGAUGGAUCAACUAGAUGCUUGACAAAUCAAAAUCCUUUUGUAAAAAAUAUGUAUAGCCAGCCAAGCUUUACGAAAAGAAUUUUUCAUUAACGACUAGACUACGUUAUAAUAUUAAAAUUUAUGUCUGGUUCGAACGAAGAAAUUCCGUCACUAAUACAACUUUUAGUUCAGCAAUGAAUAAUAGUACGUCAUCAUCACAUAACUUAUCAGAUGAUGAGUCUAGGAAAUACUGUGCUCAAAUACUUGCAACAUUUUUUACUCUACACUUGUAUGAUACUAUAUUUAAUUAUUAUUGUCCUAUUACUUAUAAAUUAUGAAUUUACAUCCAGUACGUUAUGAGAUAAAUAUUUAUUUUGAUAGCAACUACGUGCGAAAUGCGAGAGGAAGGGACAAAUUAUAUGGAAUUACGUAGUACGGCAAACACUAGCCGAUUAGCAGAUGCUGAUAGACUUCAAUCUCGUACGAAUCUCAUUGCAAUAGGAAAUAUCGCUUUCCGCAGGAAGAGUACAAAUGCUAAAAUAAAUGAUGGUAUAAAAGUUUCUAUCAUUAAAUUAAAUUAGAUAUUUAUCAAAUUUAUUAAUCUUUUUUACGAUUUAUUGUAUGAAUAUCUUUAGCAAUAGCACAUAUACAUUCUUUACAAAAUUAAAUUCUUGUACUACGCGUACGCUUAACGUACAGCAUGUAAUAUAGGUAUUUCACACGUACGUGGCAUACCGUGAGACAAAGAAAGAUAAAAGUAAUAGUACGUUAUACGAAUCGUAAAAAGCGCUCUGCAUAGCACACGACAGAGUCCCUUCGUCUCAGCACUGCGUUCGUUCGCGGUAACGGAAUCGCUUAGUUCGAACUGCCGUUUGUCCCAAUGUGUAUUUCAAAAAAACGAAGAAAAAUAAGAGGAAAAAUGCAGGUGUGUUCCUGACCAAUCAGCGUGGUUACAUUCUAUUAUCGAUACGGCAAUCUUGACGACGGGAUUCAGGACUGCAUUUGAACAUUCCUACGCUCUCUGUAGAAUUUAGACGAGAGAUAGAUACAUUCCAACGUUACACUAAGAUAGUAUUUUACGUCGUUACCAUUAGCACGCAUGUUUACAGAAUAAGUGUAUCUCUCAUUGUAGACUGUAAGGGCAUAAUUUAAGGAGGGCAUCUUUUUUCGUAUCUGCUGCAAGAACAUACGGCUAUAAAGUUUCACUUGAUCUUUCGGAUGAGUGACAGAAAGUUUGCCCCCGGUGGGAUUUAUCGCGCGAUAUAAUUCUAAUUAGGCGACUUUCAUUUAAUCAUAAGACAAUUUUGUAACUAUACCUUGCUUACGUGUCUCUUGGUUUUUCUUCUUCGCAUGUUUGUAACGUAGAUAUAUCUAGAGAACGCAUAUGUAAAACCCAUGGAUCGUUCUUUAAAGGACGCUGUAAUGACGAGAUGUGUAAACUAUUUGUCUCGUAAUGCUUUUGAAUGUAUUUACUCGUACGCAGGGAUGAACAAUAUCUUCUUUUUGAUAUGAUUGUUGUUUAACGCAGCUUAUGUUGUGAGAGGAACAUAUCCGACGCAGAUUGUACGUUAAAUCAAGUAAUAAUUUUAUUAUGAAAAAAUGUAUGUAUGUACAUAUAUAUGACACACACACAGUGGUGUUUAAAUGCACAAAUUUCAUGGAGAGGCAAGCUUGAUAUUUUCAGGAUAGAUAGCCCAUAGUCAUAGUUGAUCAUACGUCCGAGUUUUCAAAUUUCACGAACGAGGUAUUGAUAACAACCUGCUUUACGGUACUCCUUUACACGGUCGCAGAUAAUUAUUUUGUAACCACGUUGAAACAUUGGUAGCUAUACCGUGCCUUUUAGUGUGUAUGAAGUAAUUAUAAAGAAUGCAAAUAAUAAUAAUAAAAAAAAAAAAAAAAAAAGUACUGUGGAAUUGUGGGUUUUACGAAACACCUAUGUUACUUAUUUAUGAUUUUCAAGUAUGAUGUAAUAAUAUGUAUAUUCACAUGUAUAUGUUAUUUAUUUUAUAAAGAUUUUUCUCUUUUGCAGUCGUCCGCCUUCCUUCUCUUUUCCACCGCUCUAAACCCUACAAAAUCUCGAUAAAAACACACAGUACACAGUACGCUACCCCGGUCCCCCUUAAUAAAUUUGCAGUAUAAAUAAAGAUAUUUGUCGCUACAUAAAAAAAUAUGUAUACAAGUCAGCGUCCAACCCAUUUUCACGCCACGUUAUAUCCUGUACUUAAAAU